AUCCAUUGUAACGCGCACACGGAAGCUAUUAAUUAUUUGAGUUUUGGUAUAUCUUUUCUUUAUAUACAUCAAUACAUGUCUCGAACAACUCCACAACGAGCAACUACAAGUUAACUUCCCGACAAGCCGGAAAUGGAUAACCGUCGGUGGAUUCAUAGAAAGACGACCUAUGCGUCUCGUUUCGAAGGUUUACAGGUGACUAGCAUCGAGUGGAAGGCUGUGACUAUGUCAGAAGAAGAAGAAGAUCUCAUUUUUCGGAUGUAUAAACUUGUUGGUGACAGGUGGUCGUUGAUAGCCGGCAGGAUCCCGGGGCGUACGCCGGAGGUGAUAGAGAGGUACUGGCUUAUGAAACACGGCUUCUUUUUUGCAAACUGAUGAAGACAGCUUGUUGUUUAGUUAAUAAAACGAUCAGUGAAGUUUGUGUUUCUAUAUCUUCCAAGGAAGACAAAAAUAAAAACAUUCUUAUUUCUUGUUUAA